ACUUGAGCUGAAGCACGGUGGAGAAUUGCGCGUAAAUUCGUUGCGGUCUCUCGCGUCAUCAACAUAAUCGCCGUCAACAGCAGUCAACAGCAUCAAACUGCCAAGAAAAUGUUGCUACUGUUUCCAGCAAAACCACGACGGCAAACGGCAGCGCGGCACUUGGAGACAGACGCAACAACAGAAGCACCAAGAAGCAGCAGCAAAUGUGAAGUGGGUUUUUUUUUAUGAUGAGCCCAGGCAGGCAGCACUUUCAAACUGAGACGAGACGGACCCACAAAACACAAAAGCGUGUCGUGUCGUGCCGUGUCGGACCCUGUCAAACAUUCUGUGCGAGAUCUGUCAGAGGAGUGCCCUGCAAUACUGCCUAUAGAAGUCGCUAGACGUACGAUGUUGCGGCCAGUACUUUUCCUGUUCUAUACCGUCGAGACGGUGGUCAACAUAAUACUGAUGGGCUACCAUAUACGCGGCUUCAUGUCGCUGGAUCUGAGCUUCCUGCCACUGAAGGAUCAGACCACAUACUACAUCUAUACGGUGAACUUCUAUGUCUUCACCGGGAUCACAGCAUUUGCCAGCAUUAGUGCGAGCACUGGCCACAAGGCAGUCCUGCUGGAGGAGUUCCUACGCUCACUGGCUGGCUGCAUACUGUUCUUGAUUAUGUCGCUGAUGACACUAAAGGAUGUGGAGAAUGAUUUCCAUAUGAUGUACCUUGGCAUGGGGGAUCCCAAACUACCGGAGAAGCCUGUGCAUCCGUUCUUUGCCUAUCUACAUGCUCAGGCAGUGUGUUCCCUGGUCGGUUGCAUCAUCUACCUGAUGCACUGUCUCAUUGUCAUUGAUGUUAUGCUGUCGCAUGAGGAGGCGGACUAUGAUUUGGAAGUGUAUGACGCAUCCGAUGAUUCAGACGAGGACUAUAUACCCGUACGUUUGUAUUUUUGUUGUGCAUAUGUACAGGAGCGCCUCGAACGAUAUCGCUGGUUUCGUGAGUUCUCGAGUGGUGGACGCAUGAGUCUCUAAUCUCCUUCCAUUGUAUUUCUGUGCCCAUGACGCGAGCCGCCUAUUGACGACAAAUCUGUCAGCGACAGACCACCCAACCAGCUGUGGAUGUGUCAGCAGGAGCAGCCAAGCAGACAAACAUCCAAGGAGCAUCAGAGCUGC